GAGAAAAGAGGAAAAAUGCUGAUCCUAAAAUGUGGGGAGUCGAUGGUUCUGUCUGCAGCUUUGCCCUUCGGGCUUUUGGCCACAGAAAUGGAGGGAGCUCUUUCCCACAUGUAUCCUUUCUCUUCCGUCCGUCACUCCCGCUUUCGUCAUCUCCGCAACAAACCUGAACUCAGCUCCGACCAACCACCGUUACUGCCUCCAUCGAUUCUUCUUCGAGCAGUCGGUUCUGCAGAGACGCGCCAAGCUUCUCCUAAGCCAUCGAAGUUUACGAAAAGAGCCCGGCAGCGUUUCACGGCGUUAUCUACCUCCAACACAGGAUCCCGCAAUUCCUCAACAAGAACCCAUGAGCUAAAUUUGGAAGUUUCCCCUCACAGAGCUGUUUCUGCAGUGAGAUUGAUGCGGAUAGAGCUGGGUGGUGCUUAUGCUGACCUUCUGAAUGAUACAGGAAAGGGAUCUGGGCAUGAUGAGAUGGCAUAUGUUGAGAGAACUAUUGGGUUUCGUACCCGGGAUUUGUAUGAUAGAGAUCUGAGAUUGGUUACAGUAAUUGUUGGAGGUACCAUUCGUUGGAGAAGAUAUCUUGAUCAUUUGAUUGUUUCGUUAUGUCAUGAUGAGAACACUUUUAGGAGCAUGGAACCACUUCUCUUACAGAUUCUUCGAAUUGGUUGCUACGAGAUUGUGAAGCUGGAUGUGCCGCCAUAUGCUGCUGUUGAUGAGAAUGUGAGGCUUGCGAAAGCUGCCCUUAGACCUGGUGCAGGUAACAUGGUUAAUGGGAUUCUUCGGAAGCUUGUUUUGCUUAAGGAAAAUGACUCCCUUCCAUUACCCAAGGUGGAAGGCAAUGAUCGUGCACAAGCUCGAGCUCUUGCAACCCUUUAUUCUCAUCCAGUUUGGAUGGUAAGGCGAUGGACAAAGUAUCUUGGGCAGGAAGAAGCUAUUAAACUGAUGAUGUGGAAUAACAGCGACCCCUAUUUCAGCUUGAGGGCAAACAGUGGAAAGGAUUUUAGAACAGCUGACCUCAUUGUACAACUUAAAGAUUUGAAGGUCCCACAUGAGAUUUCUUUGUAUUUAAAUGAUUUUGUCCGUAUCAGAACUGGGAUGCAGAAUGUCAUACAAGCUGGAUUACUAAAAGAAGGAUUAUGUGCAGUGCAGGAUGAGAGUGCAGGUUUAGUAGUUUCUGUUUUAGAUCCACAACCAGGUGAGAGUAUUAUUGAUUGCUGUGCUGCUCCCGGAGGAAAGACCCUUUUCAUGGCAUCCCUUAUGAGGGGACAAGGAAUGGUAUCUGCAAUUGAUAUAAACAAGGGCCGUUUGAGAAUCCUCAAAGAGACAGCCUUGUUGCACAAUGUUGAUAAUGUCAUCACUACUGUUCAUGCUGAUCUUCGUAUAUUUGCUGAAAAAAAUAAGGUUAAGUCGGAUAAAGUUCUGUUGGAUGCUCCAUGUUCUGGGCUUGGUGUUCUCUCAAAGAGGGCAGACUUGCGUUGGAACAGAAGCUUAGAAGAUAUGGAACAAUUGAAGAGUUUACAAGAUGAGCUCCUAAAUGCAGCUGCUAUGUUGGUAAAGCCUGGUGGUAUAUUGGUAUACAGUAGCUGCUCAAUUGAUCCUGAAGAGAAUGAAGAGAGGGUUGCUGCUUUUCUUAUUAGGCAUCCAGAAUUCUGCAUAGAUCCUGUUGGGAAAUAUGUGCCACCUGAGUUUGUGACUGAGCAUGGUUUUUAUUUCUCAAAUCCUCUGAAGCAUUCGCUUGAUGGGGCCUUUGCAGCUCGCUUAGUUCGAUCCUCUGAAGCCGCAUACUAGUUUCAUGCCUUUCGAAAUUGUGGAACUUGGUGAAAACUGUGAUGGGAAGUUUUGAGGUUGUGAAUCGCAGGGAAAAGGAAGCCCAAGCUUGCUGCAGGCCGGCCAUGUCUCCCACUUCCCAUCCUGCUAAGUCGUAAAAAUUUAGGGAAUGACACAGGAGCUGUAUGAGGGAAACCAUUAACAAUGGCUUGUUAACAUGAAGAUAAAAGAACAUAAACUAAAGAUUAUUAUAAUAUUGGUGAGGAGCAGGAUUAUUCAGUGGUUUAAAUGUUUCUGCUUCAGUAUUGGCCUUCUUCCGAGAUCAUGGAUUCUACUCAUCCCUCGUUGUGGAUCAUCACGAGCGUCAAUUCAACAGUGUAAAUGCCUGUACUUGGGGAAUUAUUGGUGAUCAGGAGUGGCAUUGCUGCCAAGACUGCCCUAUUCAUUGGUAUUGAAGCCUUGCUACUUUGAACGCUUAUUUUAUCAAGAAUGCUGUUCUACUACACUUUCACUUUGUACUCUUGCUCUGUAGCCAAACAGAUUAGCUAGGACAUGAAUACUUUGCGUUUGGAGUAUGGAAUUAGGUCUUUGAGUUUAGAUUUGUGUAAUUGUAAAAUUCCUUUUAAAUUCACAUGAAUCUUUGAUUCAAGGUGUGAA